CAAUACAGACGGGCUCUGAAGAUGAAACGAGAGGAUUAUUACUGCAAGAGAAGGAUCUGAUCUGUUUUUAAAGCAGGGUAUUAUUUAAGCCUAGGAAAGUGUUUGGCCACCGCCAAGCCCUCUGUUGUAACAGGUAUGGGCGCGGAGAAUUAGCACACGAUCAUUUUAACAAGGUAAUGAAGCUGGUCCAGCACGUCGGGUGGAAGCGUCUGAGAUAGGAAAUGAACAAUCUUGCCACCAGCGCUCUGCCAGCAUUCCCCCUGCCGCGCCUUUGCUCCCGCACUCCCGAUGGCCCAAGCUGCCUUCUGGGUUUCUAGCUGCUGAAAGCCUGCAUUCCCAGAUCUGCCUUUCCCCGGGAACCUCACCUGGGGCACAUUUUUCUCUUACGGGGUUCCUAAAGUCCCAAAGUUGGGACAGUUAAGUUUGCUUGUAUUAAUGCUCACCGUGUCCUAGGCGGCUCUAAAUCUCAGGCUUUUAUUUGUCCAUCCGGCUUUGGAGCUGAAGUUGGAGGAGGGCAGCUAACAUCCGGUUGCACGGAGGACACGGGGCUCAGGAGGAGUGGCGCGCCGCUGGCCCACCUGGACCUGGCGACCCUUCCCGUUUCCUGGCGGUGGUCGUGCAGUCACGGGGCCUGAGGACGGCGGCGGUGCGGGCAGAACCACCGUGUUGAAAUGCCCGGUGUUGAAAGCCGGAGUUCACCACACUCCGUCCUGAAGGAAGGAGGCUGAGUGUCUGCAGCACUUGCUCCCUGCGCGUGACUGAAAACUGAAUUAGGCUCUAGAGUCCCGGGGUGAAGCAGACAGGGCUUGGGACCUGUUGGCGUGUCCCUUCUGCGUGAGGGUGUCUGGAGCAGGUUUGGGCCACGGCCGAGGAGGAUGUACAGGCGGCUGAGCUAACCUGCACAUAUACACAGCAGCCUGUCUUCCCUUAUGAUAAAAGCCGCAUUUGGCUAAUGAGCAAAGUGUCGAGGUCGCCGAGUGAGACUGAGGAUAUCUGGGAAACAGAGGAGGAUGACUUGACGGAAGGUGACCUAGGGUAUGGCCUCGGAGGAAGACCCGGCGGGAUUUAUGAAGUUUCGUGUUCGAUUGCAUCUAAGAAAAGGUCAGAUGGAAGGAACCUGAGCCCCCCUCCAUUUCCAAGAAAGGGGGAAGAAAGAAGCGAAACCAGUUUUCAGUAUUCCGGGACUGAGGGCUUGCGGGAUACACGCGCUCACAGACGCAGAGCGUCCGGCCACAGGCGGCAGAGCAGCGCUGAUUCUAACUCAGAAUUGUCAAAUGAACAAUUAAGGCAGCGUCUUCAUGAAACUUUAGAGGAAGUAGAGAUUUUAAAAACUGAACUUGAAGCCUCUCAAAGACAACUUGAAGGUAAAGAGGAAGCACUGAAAAUCCUUCAAAGCAUGGCAGUGCUUGACAAGGCCACAAGUCACACACAGACAGUGCUUCAAAAAACCAUAGAACAAAAGAGAUCUUUGGAGAAGGAAAUAAAUGCCUUGCAGUGGGAAAUGGAAUUUGAUCAGGAUAGAUUUAAAAAUAUAGAGGAAUCGUGGAUCCAAAAGUAUGACAGUACUGCAUAUAUAGUAGAGCCAGGCAUUGUGGCAAGGCACACACCAAGGAUGCUGCUCAGUGUUUUGAACCAGCGGUAUUUGGAGACCCUUGCCAUGCUUGAUGUCAAACAGCAGAAGGUGGCUCGGGAGAACAUGGCUCAGAAGGACAGUGCCUUUACAGAGGUAUCCGGACUCGAGCUUGCAGUCCUCGGCGCCUGCCUGUGUCGAGGUCCUGGAGGGAACCCCUGUUCUUGUGCCAAAACGGCAGCAUCCACUCGGAAACUGGUUCUUCAGCUCAGACAUGAGCUGGAAGUUCUGCAGAAGAGUAAGGAGGAGGCUCAUAUAAUGGCAGAUGCGUUCAGAAUUGCUUUUGAGCAGCAGUUAACGAGGAGAAACGACCAGGCGCUGAGACUAGCGCACGCAGAUAAGUGUAGACGAGCGGCGUGGACCAACCGGCAGCACCCGAAAGACGAGGGAUAUGCGUCCCAAAGGAGAAAGAAGACCUUAGGGCAGCGACUGCUGGGGAUGCUCCCUUCAGAAAACAGUUCGAAGAGGACUGAAGACCAAGACAGCCCACAAGAAGUCCUUAAGAUGCUAGUAGACUUGUUGAAUGACAAAGAAGAAGCACUGGCUCAUCAAAGAAAGGUCAGUUACAUGCUUGCUCGGGCGCUGGAAGACAAAGACAUUGCCGCCAAGAAGAAUAAGGACAAAAUUCCCACGAGCCAGAAAUCCCCAUUCACAGCCCCCUGGCAGGAAGUUUCAGGACGCUGUGUUUUGUGUGAUCCAGCACACUCAAAUGUCCAUGUUUCUGACCCUGUGGGCUGUAUUUGUUCAGUCCACCACCCCCAGAGAGAUUCAGACUGCUCAAGGACUCUUAAAAGAUCCCAUUCUUUGCCAUCAAAUAUAUUUUAAAAAUAAACCAGCUGGAAUCAGAAUUAGAGCUGUUAAAAAUCAAGUCUGGAGCUGGAAAUGUAUCUCAGAGGUAGGACACUUGGUCAGUGUGCAUAAGGCCUUGGGUUUAGCACAUGGUGGUGCACACCUUCAAUCCCAGCAUUCAGGAAGAAGCAGGCAAUCUAACUGAGUCCAGCCUGGUCUAUAGAGCAAGUUCCAGGACAGCCAGGGCUCCACAGAGAAACCCUGUCUUGAAAAACCAAAAAGGCCUCAGGUUUGAUGUUCAGCAUUGUAAAGACUUUGAAAGAGAACCCAGAGUAUGGAGGAUCCUAAUUUAUAAAUAAAUCCUAGCACUUGGGAGCCUGAGCAAAAAUACUGUGAUUUGAGGGCCAACAAGAUACAGCGAGAUACAGAUACUGCCAAAAACCACAAAAAGAAUUACAUAAUGUUGAUAAUAUUAAGAAGUUGUAUGCUUUCUAAAUAUUUUUAAAAUGUUAGCAUAGUAAUUUACAAAGCAGUAAGUUCGUUAUGAUAUCGUAAUACAUGUAUUAACAAUGUCUGUGUUUAACCACAUCCCUCCCUUUUAGUUUUAGGAUGCAGCUCAAGUACUCAAACCUUUAACACGUGUUCUAUAAGAAAUGUAUUAGUACUGUACUCUAUAUGUACUAUGUUGACAGUUUAUUUAUAAAGUGCUUUUUCAUAUUU